AUGGCGCCUCUGCAGCCUGAGGACGGUCAUGACCUUUGCCCCUCAUGUCUUGGCAUCGAGCACCUGAAGGAGGGUCUGUCAGAGGACCCCUGCAUGAAUUGCAGCUUCAUGCCCCGGGCAGUGAGGGUUGCAAGACUGGCUGAGGUGGAACAAUUUUUUAGUGGUGUCCCCUCACCGGAAGUCCUAACUGAUACUCGCAGGCGGUCCCCAGCCCGACCUAGCCGGCCAAAACGUCGGGCUCCGGACACUGACGGUGCUUCCUCCAGGAAGAAGACAAAAAAGUGUGAGCUUGCUUCCAGAGUUGACCACUUGACAGCAGAGCUUAAUCAGAUGAAGUCCAUCUUUUUAGCCCUCCAGACAGGGACUGGUACAGGGAGUGCGUCUGCAUCCGCUCCUCGGGUGACCUUGUCUGGUCCAGAGGAUGACAUCCUCUCAACGGCAGCUUCAGCCACUGAGUUUGGGGAAUAUGGGACAGACACUGUCUCUCAUGACACUGUUUCCCAUCCCUCACAAGCAGGCUCUCGUUCCUCGACCCAUAGUUCAGGUGGUUGCUCAGAGGGUAGCUCCAUGGGGGCCAUCAUACGUAUGGCCUUGGCGCGCCUGCAGCUAGAUGCACCGCAGGCCCAGUCGGCUCCAGCGAGCGCAUUUUUUAGGCGCAGCACAGCCCCUGCCGCAUUCUCUGUGCCUCCUUCAGAGGAGUACCUAAAGGAGUUGCAUGCAUGUUGGAGAGAUUCUAAGGCUCUUUCUCAUGCAACGUCUGAUGGCCGAACACUAGCAGCCAUGCAGGAUGCGGCCAAGUCUGGUCUUGGCCGCAUGCCGGCUGUUGAGCCCACGGUGGCCUCACUCAUAGUCUCUCCUGAUGAGGCCUUGAGGCCGAAUGCGAGGUGUCCUUCACCCCAGUGUCGCAUCACGGAUGACUUACUUUCUAAGGCCUAUGAUGCAGCGGCUCGUAUGGGCCGCAUCGGGAACUCAAUGUCUCACCUCAUGCUCGCCCUCUCAGCCUGCCUUCAAGAGAUUACACAAGACACAUCAGCUCAUAAUUUUAGUGAUGCGUCUCUGCAGGCCUUCGCCCUGAUGACCAGGGAGCUAGGGCGUGUGAUGUCCACCCUGGUCCAGGCUCGCCGGCAGAAGCACUGGAACGGACGGUCCAAGCCAGACAGACCAGACAGCAGCUCUCAGGUCUCCACAGGAGUGUGCCCCCCCCUGCUCGACCUAGAGGUUCUUCAGCAGUUGUGCAGCGCCGCUCUCAGCCACAGCCUGGCUCUGGUAGCUACCAGAGGCCUCGGCAGGCAGUGCAGCGACCAGUGCAACGGUCAGCGCUGCAGCCUGCUCGACGGGCAGCUCAGGAUGUCCGGGCCCCUGAUUGGCAGCCCUCUAGCCAGCCUCGGGCCUUGGAUGUUAACCGGCGCCCCCCCAGAGCCUCCAAAGGCCGGGGGGCCAGGAACUGAAGUUCCGGGGCCGGUCGUCGGCUGCUUUUCCCAGCAACAGCUCAGUUAUUGGGCUGCUUACACCUCGGACCCCUGGGUGAUGUCCACCCUAGCCCUGGGGUACAAACUGCAGUUCCGACGCCGGCCCCCUGCCUUCAGCCGGGUCAAAAUGACCAUCAUAAGCAACCCGGCAAAAGCCUUAGCCUUGGACCAAGAGCUGUCUGCCCUCCUGGUCAAAGGUGCCAUCGAGCCAGUAGAUCCCCUGUCACAGCCCGGGGGAUACUACUCGACGUACUUUCUGGUGGAGAAGAAAGAUGGCGGAUUUCGCCCCAUCCUCGAUCUCAGGGGCCUCAACAGAUUCCUGAAGGUAAUGCCAUUUCACAUGCUCACCGUUGCAGAGGUUCUACAGGUGGUUGCCAGAGGGGAGUGGUUUACUUCCAUCGACCUGAAGGAUGCCUAUUUUCAUGUUCCCAUCAUACCUCACCACAGGCAAUUCCUCCGGUUUGCCUUUCAAGGCCGUCAUUUUCAGUUCAGAGUGCUGCCCUUUGGUCUCUCCCUCUCCCCACGGGUGUUCACCCGCUGUGUGGCAGCAGCCCUCUCUCCCCUGCAAUCACGGGGCAUAAAGAUCCUUCCCUAUCUAGACGACUGGCUGGUGUGUGCGCCUUCCCAGUCUCAAGUGGUGCAAGAUACGGCUGCUCUUCUGGCUCACGUGGCCCGGCUGGAUCUCAGGGUGAACGUCAGCAAGAGCUGUCUGACACCUUCCCAAAGUAUAACCUUCCUAGAUGUGGCUCUGGACUCUGUAACCAUGAAGGCUUGCCUUUCACUUCGGCGGGUGGACGACAUCCUCCACCUCCUUCCCCUCUUCCGGCAGGGCAAGUGGUUGCCCUACGUGCAGUAUCUACGCCUCCUGGGCAAGUUGACAGCUGCUGCAACUGUUGUUCCUUUAGGCUUGCUGUCACUUCGCCCUCUUCAACGGUGGCUGAACAGCCUUCACUUGGAUGCCAAGUGGCACAGGCACAGGAGGAUCAGGGCAUCAUGGCGCUGCCUCCUUGCUCUGUCUCCAUGGAGGAAAAGGGCCUUCAUGUUACAGGGUGUGCCAAUGGGGUCUGUUCCGUUCUGUCGGGAGACUGUUACAACGGAUGCUUCCCUCUCAGGGUGGGGUGCAGUGUGGCAGAACAGAACGGCUCAGGGACAGUGGUCUGCUCAGGCUCGCACGGAGCAUAUCAAUGUACUAGAGCUACGGGCUGUGCACCUGGCGCUCAAGCACUUUCUCCCAUACUUGAGGGGGAGGCACGUGCUGAUACGGUCGGACAACAUGUCGACCGUUUCUCAAAUAAAUCAUCAAGGGAGUACCAGGUCAAUGCGGUUGCUGCAGGUGACCUGGAGCCUCUUGACUUGGACAGCCCACCGUCUGGCCAGCCUCAGGGCAAUGUAUCUACCGGGGAAGCGGAACGACGUAGCAGACUUUCUUUCCCGCCGCAAGCCUCCCCCAGGGGAGUGGCGGCUUCACCCGGAGGUGGUGCUCCACAUCUGGGGCCUCUUUGGCAGGGCAGAGGUGGAUCUCUUUGCCUCAGAAGAGACUACCCAUUGUCCUCUUUGGUUCUCCUGGAUGGAGGAGACCAGCACUCUGGGGCAGGAUGCCCUGGCACACGAGUGGCCAGAGGGUCUCUUGUACGCAUUCCCGCCAGUCCCUCUGAUGGCAACGCUGCAGAGGGUUCUUCAGCGGGGCCACAGACUGCUGCUGGUGGCCCCCUUCUGGCCGGGGCGGACGUGGUUUCCUCUCCUUCGCAGGCUCUGUCACGGCUCACCAUGGCGCCUCCCCGACAGGAAGGACCUCCUGUCUCAGCUGGGGGGCCGGGUGUGGCAUCCCAACCCUCGUCGUCUUCAGCUGUGGGUCUGGCCUCUGCAGGGUCCGAUCCGCUGCUGA